CAUUAUUCUCGUAUCUUGUACGCCUCACGAGCUCUUUGCAAACGAAUAUGCUCCUCUUCCACUGCGUUUCUUAUCUUUUCUUCACAUUACUGCACCCUACACUGGCAAGCCCACUGCCUGCAGAAGAUGUCUUCAUAAGGAGUCUGACCAAGCGGGACACAAUAUUGGGCCCUAAAUUAAACGGAGCCAAUUUCCCAGAUCCGGCUAUCAUUUUCGUCGACAAGUGGUAUGCAUUUGCAACAAGAACAAUCGGAAGCAAUAUACACAUCCAAGUUGCCACAUCCACCGACUUCAACACUUGGACACUUCAACGCAAUGCGGAUGGCUCUCAGUACAAUGCUCUGCCCAACAUUCCUGCUUGGGCGGUGCAGGGAAAUCCAAACACUUGGGCACCAGAUGUCAAUCAACUAGACGAUGGAAGCUUCGUGAUGUACUACAGUGCCAGCACUGUCCAAGACAAAUCCAAACACUGCGUUGGAGCUGCUGUCUCCAAAUCACCACUAGGUCCAUACUCUCCAACUAGUGAUCAACCCCUCGUGUGCCCGCUCGCGCAAGGCGGCGCAAUUGAUGCAUCCGGCUUCAACGAUAAUGGUCAACGAUAUAUCAUGUACAAAGUCGACGGCAACUCCCUUGGUGCUGGUGGACCUUGCAACAGUGGCGUCCCUCCACUGAAACCCACGCCAUUGAUGCUCCAAGCAGUAGCAUCAAACGGCUACACACUACAAGGAAACCCCACAGCUCUCCUCGACCACAACGGCGCCUCUGACGAUGGAAUACUCGAAGCACCCGUCCUGGUCAAGAAGAACGGACUCUAUUUCUUGCUUUUCAGUUCAGGAUGUUUCACAACGACAAACUACGAUGUCGACUACGCUACAGCGACCUCAGUCAGAGGUCCAUAUACUCGAGCUUCCACUCCGCUGCUCUCCACAGGACGAAAUGGACUUUCCGGGCCAGGAGGAGCCGAUUUCUCGAAAGACUUGAAGUUUACGGUGUUCCAUGCGAAUGCGAAUGGUGGGAGGGCGAUGUAUACUGCUAUGGUCACAGUUAAUGGGAAGCAAUUGUCGAUAUGA